UCCAAAUUUUAGCAAAAAAUGCCGACUUACCACUUGGUGAUUUGUCUGAUCUUGGUACUGAAUUGCUUGGAGGGUUCAUCUUCCUGGUCUACAAGCAGAGAGCCAGUAGUUGCAUUUACUGCAAAGCUCUCGAAGGAUACGACAGUCAGAGGUCACGGCAUUGUCAAGUAUGAUAGCGUGAUAACGAAUAUUGGAAGAGCUUACAAUCCAAAGUCUGGUAUAUUCACCGCUCCCUAUGACGGUCUCUACACCAUAACGGGCACACUUAUGAGUCUACCCUCAAAUAGUGUACAUUUGAGGAUUAAUAAGAAUGGACAGAAGAUGUCUCUCUUAUACUCCGCAUCAAAGACGUAUCCUCAGUCUGGACAAACACUCCAUCUGCUACUCAAUAAAGGGGAUAGAAUCUGGAUACAGAACGCCAAUCCACAGACAGCAAAGCUUCACGACCACGGCUCGUAUAAUUUGUUUUCUGUUAUCCUAGUACAUGUUACACAUGUCUGA